UGGCGGCAUAUGUCAUUUCGUGGAAUUGUUCUGAGUAGGCAGGCGUUUUUUCUGUGUCAUAUUUGUUUUUUCACCACGACAACAUGGCGACAUUCGUGUUGCUGGUUGAAUUACACUGAGUUAGCAUUCUUUCAGUGAAUAUUUUGUGAUUCUUUCGGUGUGGUGUAUAUGUUUUGUGCAUAUCAUUGUUGUUUAGUUGUUUUAUUUGUAACAGAAUAGAAAUAGUUUAGUUAUAAAGAAGCAGCGGGUAGGUCUGGAAUAAAAUAUGAAGCUGCUGCUAAUACUUCUUUUUGCUCUUGUGGCAGUGAACUGCGAAUUUCAAAGGUGAGUCCAUAGCAUACUGCAUACUGCAAUUACGUAUAUUGUCGGUUCCGGGCUGCCAAGAUUUGCAAAAUAGUGUCUACUUAUGUCUAAAAAUAUAAUGCAUUUCCAACUGAUACUUUGUCCAAGUGGAAUUUUACAUUAUUGCGACGUUUCUCUUUUAAUUUUCAUCCUGUUGUUUAACCUGGAAUUAGUACUUUUCAGUUCUCUACUGGACUUGUGCCGAUUCAGCUCUUUUUCCACAUACCGAAUACCCUUGUAUAAGUUCAAAUCAAUUAGAAGGAGUCUUCAGGAAGUUGGAACUGAUGUAAGACAAGUUGUGUUAAAUGGAAAUAAGUAUAGGAGUCAAAGUGGACCAGUGCCUGAGCCCCUUUCCAACUACCUAGAUGCUCAGUAUUACGGCCCCUAUUAGCAUUGGUACUCCACCACAAACUUUCAAGGUUGUCUUUGAUACAGGAUCUUCCAAUUUGUGGGUGCCCUCAAAGAAGUGUCAUUUUACCAACAUAGCAUGUUUGCUCCAUAACAAGUAUGACUCUUCAAAAUCAUCAUCCUACAAGAAGAAUGGAACCUCCUUUGCCAUUCAGUAUGGUUCUGGAAGCCUUGAUGGAUUCUUGUCCACUGACCAUGUCUCUUUUGGUGGGCUGACAGUUAAAGAACAAACCUUCGCCGAGGCCAUGAACGAACCUGGUAUGGCUUUUGUAGCUGCCAAAUUCGACGGCAUCUUGGGAAUGGGCUACAGCAGAAUUGCAGUAGAUGGCGUUCCUCCAGUUUUUUACAACAUGAUCGAUCAAGGACUCGUGAAACAACCAGUGUUCUCCUUCUACUUGAACAGAGAUCCUGCAGCGGCUCAGGGUGGUGAACUGAUCCUAGGUGGGUCUGACAAAGCUCAUUACAAGGGUGAAUUCACUUAUCUGCCAGUAGACCGUCAAGCAUACUGGCAGUUCAAGAUGGACAAGGUAGAAGUAGGCUCUGACAAGGUCUUUUGCGCUAACGGAUGCGAAGCCAUUGCCGAUACUGGAACCAGUCUCAUCGCUGGACCUUCCAAGGAAGUCAACGCCAUCAACAAGGCAAUUGGGGCUACACCAAUCAUGGGAGGCGAAUACUUGGUCAGCUGUGACUCUAUCCCAAAGCUACCAACCAUCAAUUUUGAUUUGGGUGGAAAGCAAUUUUCCUUGGAGGGAAAAGACUACAUCUUAAGGGUUUCUCAGGCUGGUCAAACUCUCUGUCUGUCCGGUUUCAUGGGAAUUGAUAUUCCCCCACCAAAUGGACCCCUAUGGAUCUUGGGAGACGUUUUCAUUGGCAAAUAUUAUACUGAAUUCGAUUUGGGCAACAACCGUAUUGGUCUUGCCGAGGCUGUUUAAGUUUUCCUUUUUUCUGAUAUCUAGUGCAGGUCAUUUGACUUAAACUCUACAUGAAAACGAGUCAAGUCAGGUGUCCUUAUAUUUGUUGAAUUUUUUAUCUCUCUGAUUCGUUUCUUCACUGAUUGUACUUUUCUAUGUUAAAGUGUACAUAAUUGCCUUCAUAGUGAGAUUAAAUCUAGAUCAAAGCUGAAACCAUAUGUAUCAAGCAAAUGUGUGAUUUGAAUAAAUGAUAUAUACGUUAAGAGUGUUUUAUUCGUUAGCAGUUAUUACAAACAUAUCCAACGAACUGUACAGUUGGGUAGUCCAAGAAAAAGUGACUUUCGGUUAUUAUGAUAUAACAUACUGUUAGUAACUGCUGAUGCCACUUAGUCCAGUAAAUUGCAAUAUGGCAAGUGUGAUAAGUUUUAUGAGUUUAAAGAGGUAAAACAUUAUAUGAAAUUGUCGACUUUAUAAUCAACCGCUUUUAGUCAAAUAAAUUAUACUUACUGUAAA